CCGCCACCCGGGACUAUAAAGUGGGCUGGCAGGUCCGAGGCUCCGAUACACGCCUGCCACAGCUCAAGUGCCUGUAGCUUGUUGCUUUGGACCUCCGACCUCACCUCGUCCCGCCAUGGACCCCAACUGCUCCUGCGCUACAGGUGGCUCCUGCACCUGCGCUGGCUCCUGCAAAUGCAAAGAAUGCAAGUGCACCUCCUGCAAGAAGAGCUGCUGCUCCUGCUGCCCUGUGGGCUGUGCCAAGUGUGCCCAGGGCUGUGUCUGCAAAGGGGCCUCAGACAAGUGUAGCUGCUGUGCCUGAUGUCAGGAGAGCCCUCUCCCGGAUGUAAAUAGAGCCACGUGUACAAGCCUGGUUGCCCUCCCACCCCCAUGCAUUUUCUACAUUUCUUUUUCUAUGACAAAUGUGAAUGGCAAUAAAAGUUGUUAACUUAA